ACCCGGAAGUGGGUCGGCGCUGGAGCGAGCGCGCCCGGAGUGGAGCUCAGCGGCCGGGAGCCAGCGGGGGAGCCCUGGGUUCCCGCCAUGAAACCCUGGGGCACGCCCCUCCAGAAGCUGUUAACCCAGACAAUCUAGUUUGUUGUUUUUUUUUUUCCUUGAUACAUCCCUGAAGACACUUAUGAAGUUUCCUGUUCUGAAAUUGUUGUACUGCAAUGAAGAAAAGGAGAAAGGUUGCUUCCAGUCUUGACGAGAAGAUCCAUCUGGGCUAUCACAAAGAUUCUGCGGAAGGACAUGUGGCAGGGGCGUGCGACCCGCUGACCUACACCCGUUGCGGCGACAGACCGGCUCCCGAAGCUCUGCACCGUUACCAGGACCUUCCCCCGUCUCCAGAUCAGAGGAAGCUUUUGAGCUCUUUGCAGUAUAAUAAGAAUUUGCUCAAGUAUUUAAAUGACGACAGGCAGAAGCAGCCGUCUUUCUGUGACUUGCUUAUCAUAGUCGAAGGAAAGGAAUUCAGUGCCCAUAAGGUGGUUGUGGCUGUGGGGAGCAGCUAUUUUCAUGCGUGUUUGAGCAAAAACCCGAGCACGGAUGUGGUCACCCUGGACCACGUGACGCAUUCGGUUUUUCAGCACUUGCUCGAAUUUCUUUACACAUCUGAAUUUUUUGUGUACAAGUAUGAAAUACCCCUUGUUUUAGAGGCCGCAAAGUUUCUGGACAUUAUCGAUGCCGUGAAGUUGCUCAAUAACGAGAGCGUUGCCCCGUUCCAGUCCGAGCUCGCGGAGAAGUCGUCGCCUGGAGAAGCCCUAAGCGAACUGACCGGACGACUCUCGACGAAUCACCAGUGUAAAUUCUGUAGCAGACAUUUUUGUUACAAGAAGUCUUUAGAGAAUCAUUUGGCUAAAACCCAUAGGUCCCUUUUAUUAGGGAAACAACAUGGGUUAGCGAUGCUGGAGAGAAGCUUUUCCACCCGGAGAUCCAAGAGGAACCGCAAGUGCCCCGCGAAGUUCGAUGACACCAGCGACGAGGAAGAGCAAGACAGCGCCGACGGGUCUGACACUUUGAAUCUGGAAAAUUUCGACCAGGAGAAGUCCGACAGGAACGAUUCUGAGGAUGCCGGCAGCGACUAUAACGCUGAGGACGAUGAGCUAGACGAGGAAAUGUCGGAGGAGGACUCCGACUCGGAGGAGCAAAGCGAGAAAGAGCAGCACGACGCGGAGGAGGAGCCCGAGGAGGCCGAGGAUGCGGGGGCGAGCGCUCGCGAGGGCCUCCGGCCCGUGGUCCUUCAGCGCAGCAGCAAAAAAAUACUGCAGUGCCCGAAGUGUGACAAAACCUUUGACCGGAUAGGGAAAUAUGAGAGCCACACACGUGUUCACACAGGUGAGAAGCCCUUUGAGUGUGAUAUUUGUCACCAGCGCUAUUCGACAAAGUCUAACCUAACUGUUCACAGAAAGAAGCACAGUAAUGAAACAGACUUUCAUAAGAAGGAGCACAGGUGCCCUUCUUGUAAUAAGCUCCAUGCAAGCAAGAAGACUUUAGCCAAGCAUGUUAAGAGAUUUCAUCCUGAAAAUGCACAAGAAUUUAUUUCCAUUAAGAAGACUAAGAGUGAAAGUUGGAAAUGUGAUAUUUGCAAGAAGUCUUUCACUCGAAGGCCUCACUUGGAGGAGCACAUGAUUCUGCAUUCUCAAGACAAGCCUUUCAAGUGCACCUACUGUGAAGAACAUUUCAAGUCGCGGUUUGCGCGGUUAAAGCAUCAAGAGAAGUUCCACCUGGGUCCUUUUCCAUGUGACAUAUGCGGUCGCCAAUUUAAUGACACUGGGAAUUUGAAACGCCACAUAGAAUGUACCCAUGGUGGAAAGAGAAAAUGGACUUGCUUCAUCUGUGGAAAAUCGGUGCGAGAGAGAACUACCUUGAAGGAACAUCUGAGGAUCCACAGUGGAGAAAAGCCCCAUCUUUGUAGUAUUUGUGGGCAAAGUUUUCGCCAUGGAAGCUCAUACAGGCUUCACCUGCGGGUCCAUCACGACGACAAGAGAUACGAGUGUGACGAGUGCGGGAAGACCUUCAUCCGCCACGACCACCUCACGAAGCACAAGAAGAUACAUUCAGGUGAAAAGGCGCAUCAGUGUGAAGAAUGCGGGAAGUGUUUUGGCCGCAGGGACCACCUCACCGUGCAUUACAAGAGCGUGCACCUUGGAGAGAAGGUGUGGCAAAAAUAUAAAGCAACCUUUCAUCAAUGCGAUGUUUGUAAGAAGAUUUUUAAAGGCAAAUCCAGUCUGGAGAUGCAUUUUAGGACGCAUUCAGGCGAGAAACCGUACAAGUGUCAAAUCUGCAACCAGUCCUUCAGAAUUAAGAAAACCCUGACGAAGCACCUGGUCAUUCACUCGGACGCCCGGCCCUUCACCUGCCAGCACUGCACGGCCACCUUCAAGCGGAAGGACAAGCUCAAGUACCACACGGACCACGUGCACGGCAUCAAGGCUGCCGACGAGCCCGCGGGCGCCGCCGAGGACAAGCUGGGGGCCCCGCCAGCCGAGUGCCCGGCCGACGACAAGCUCUUCCGGGCGGAGGCCAAGCCCUUCCCGGACCGGCCCAAGGGGUACCCGGCGGAGGCCAAGGCGCUGCUGUCGCACGUGCCGGCCGAGGUGUGCGUGCCCGUGACGCUGGUGCCCGUGCAGAUGGCCGAGCCGCCCGGCGACCUGGGCCGCCACGCCGCGCCGCUGCCCGCGCCCGCGCACGACCUGCUGCCGCCGCCGCCGCCCGCCGCCCCGCCACCACCGCCACCCGCGCCGGGCGACUUCCCCCGGGCCGCCGAGCUGGCCUUCCUGGAGAAGUACGCGCUGCCGCCGCCGCCCGCCGGCCUGGUGCACGCCGUGCGCGCCGAGCCGCUGCUGGACCCGCGCGAGCAGUCCUACCUGGGCUCGCUGCUCGGCCUCGAUGGCGCGCCGGCCGUCCCCAGCCUGCCCGGCGACGAGCACCGCGCCUAGGCGGCGCCGCGGGCGGCCGCGUCCCUCCGCCUCGCAGCGCCCCGCGCCCCGCGCCCUGCUGCGGGCAGGGCGCCUGUCCGCCCAACCCCCGCGCGGGGCGCCUGUGGAGGUACCACGUCGGAAGUGAACGCUUCCGUGAUUUUAAAACAUUACUUAGUGCCAAUUUUAAUUAAUGUCUCGAACUUUUAAAAAUUAUUAGCUGUUGACAUUAUGUUUUUUUUUUUAAUCAAGGGUGGAAAUUUUAUUUUUCUGUAGUCUUAUUCCUCUCUUCUCCCUUUCCCAUCUUCCAAACAAGCUUAAGGACCAUGUAGGCUUCAAGAAAGAAUUUGUGAGAGUUUACUGAUAAUUGCAACUGUUCCUUAUCCUAAUACAAGCAUCAUCAUUACUUCCUCCAGAUUUUAAAUAAUUGAUAUUAUGAAUCUGAAUUUAUAGGAAAGUCUUGGAUAUUUCUGUGUUGUUCCUUUAUCUGGCCAUAAUUUCACCAUCCUUUGGCCUUUUGACGAACUCAAAGCCAGAAAGCUAACUAAUGUAAAAAAGCAGCUUGUUCCGUGAAAUGUAAAAUUGAAAUAAUUAUCCAAAUUAUUGGUUAUAUAUAAGAAAUGCAAAUUAUUGUGAAUAAGAAAUUACUCACAAUAAUUAUUAUCCUAAGUAAAUUAUUCUAAUUAUGAAUAAGAAAUGCAGAUGUGAUUCUAGGCAUUAUACCGAUUGAUAGUAUGUUAAAAGCAAAAUGUGACAGUUAUUGUUCAAGGUAAGUUCGCCACUUUUAUUUUGCCAUUUAUUUCACAUUAACAAUAUACCUUUGACUCACUAAAGGUGGGGAAAUGAUAACUAAUUAAUCAGGUUUAGUCGGGUUUUUCGGUCUCAUUGGCCUUGGCUAACUGAAACUCGAGGAAACAGAACCAAGAUACUCCAUGCCUAACUGUUAGAAGUGCCAACCAAAUUACAAAAUUCGUGUCUAACUAAACUCAGUGCUGUUUACUUUAAUGAGAGGGAACCAGUGUGUGUAUACAAAUUUACACGUAAUCCAGAUUUAUGUUUGUUUUUCACAUAAGCCUACUUUCUAGUUAACCUCAAUUUGUGUGUGUGUGUGUGUGUGUGUGUGUGUGUGUGAGAGAGAGAGAGAGAGAGAGAGACAAAAGUUGAGCACUUGGCGAAAGGAAAUAGCAGUUACAGCAAAACCUAACUGAUUAAAAUUAGUUGAGGAAAACGUUAGUCAGAUGCUAGGUAAUUUUAAAAUACCUUUAAAGAUGUGCACUUUCCAUAUCUUCAAGUCAAUCUGAACUUCAGCUAGGAUACUGUUUCCUGGUAGAGCUGCUUGGAGGAUUAGACUAGGCAGGGUUGAUUUUUUUAGCAUGUCAUGUGUAUGUAAACUACUGGAAAAUAGCAAUUUUAAGAGUUUCCUUUUUCUGUUUUGUUUACACUCCUAUUAAGCACUUUUGUGUGUGUGUGUGUGUAAACUAUAAAGUCUUGCCCGGGCCUUGUGGGGGGAAAAAAAUCACAAAUAAAAUAAUGAAGUUUUAAUGAAUAAAAUUUAACCACUUCAUGGGAAGCGUGCUUGCCGAAGCACUUCGAGCCCAGGAACGUCACGGGAGCGCUCGCCGCACGGGUGGGGAUAGAAGGGCAAAGUGCCCGAACUGAGGCGCUCAACCCACGGAGCUCUUGUAAAUGAGGAAACCAGCCUGGGUUCUGCCUCAUCUAUUGAGAUUUGCUUAUCAUUAUCCUGGGACCAGUAGAUACAAUUAAUGUAGUAUUCUUUUGGAAAUGUUCUUUUGUGUGGAAAUGUUAUUAUAUUUGGGGUACUUAGAUGAUUGAACUUGAUUAUGAGGUACUAUUAGUCUGCUAGCCUUUCGAGAGACGUUUAAAACUACAUCUCUUUCUGACAUUUAUCAUAAAGAACAGCAAGACCUUAAACUAAGAAACUUACUGUUAAGAAAAGAAAUCAUGCCUGACAAUGUAGCCUGCCUCCCGUGGAAGCCUGCGUGGAAGACUUGGGACUUCCGAAAAGGCAGAUGGUAUAUUUGUAUGUGUCUAUGGUGUAUUUUAUGUUUGGUAGCAGAAAAAGAGAUGUUGCAUUUUCACAUUGAAAAGAAUACUUGGUUUUUUUCAAGGUAUUUACUUUAGGGUUCUUUUAAUAAUAAUCUCCUCAUGCUUUAAGUAUAGGAUUCGAUUGUCGGAAUGGGUUUACAGCAGACAACUUCUCUGGAGCGCGUCUCUUCCAGAAAGGGAAACAGAGGCGUAGCUGUCGCGGAGAGC